CUGGCGUGAACGCUAUUCUGCGUCCAUCAUGGCAACCAGGUGGGGGAUCUGUGGCACGGGCAGGAUCAGCCACGACUUUAUCGUGGCUCUGGAAACUCUUCCUGCUAAAGAGCAUCAGGUUGUGGCCGUGGCAGCUCGUAAGUUGGAGGAUGCACGGGAGUUUGCUAAAAGGCACAACAUCUGCAGAGCGUACGGCGGCUACGAGGAGCUGGCCAGAGAUCCUGCCAUCGAUGUGGUGUAUGUCGGAGUUAUUCAUCCCCACCAUCUGAGCGCUUGUCUGCUCUUUACCAACGCUAAGAAGAAUGUGCUGUGUGAGAAGCCGCUGGCCAUGAACACUAAGGAGGUCCAGCAGAUCCUGGCGUCAGCCAAGAUGAAUGAUGUCUUCUUCAUGGAGGCUGUCUGGACUCGCUUCUUCCCGGCAUUCGUGGAGAUCAGACGGCUUCUGACCCAGGAGGAGUUGGGUGAGGUGAAGAUGGUGAGAGCGGAGUUCGGCGUGCCGCUGACUCACAAGCCCAGAUGCGUGCAGAAGGAGCUGGGCGGAGGAGCGCUCCUGGAUGUUGGCAUCUACUGCCUGCAGCUGAUAUCCAUGGUGUACAACGGGGAAAAGCCGGAGUGCAUCCAGGCCACAGGGGUCCCUCUGGAGACGGGAGUGGACGAGACCGUGGUCGCUACUCUGAAGUAUUCCAAGAACAGACUGGCCGUGUUGACCUGCUCGUUGCGUAUGGAGCUCCCCAACGACGCCGUCAUUGUGGGCACGAAGGGAACGAUCAGAGUCCCUUAUCCAGUGUGGUGCCCCACAUCGUUAGUGGUGAACGGGAAGGAGACUCAGUAUCCUCUGCCUGAACCCUGUUUGCCUCUAAACUUCACCAACAGCACAGGGAUGCGCUAUGAAGCAGAGGAGGUGCGACAGUGUCUGUUGAAGGGGCUGAAGCAGAGUGCCGUCAUGUCCCACGCUGACUCUCUGCUGCUGGCUGAGGUGGAGGAUGAGAUUCGUGGACAGGUGGGGGUGGUGUACAGCCAGGACUGCCAAUAAAUGUACACACAGGGCAAGUGGUUUCCCGGCACUCACGACACGUAUUGCUGCUGCUGGAGAUGUGUGAUUAUUCCAACACAUGCAGACAACCAGA